ACAGAGAUAACGGGGCUGGUGGUUUAUAUCGGGAGCACAUGAGUCCAUAUGGUCACUCCUCGCAAGCCGGUCAUCACUGGCUGGAUCAGGAACCGCUCCUCCAACCUGCCGGAACACAUAUCAUCCUCCCCGUACCUCUCCCUAUUUUUCUCAGGCCUGCCAACAUUUUCUCCAGUCCGGCGCGGACGACCUCUGGGGCGGCCUGAACUCCAAGCACAUACCCAGACCCCACGUCAUAUUGGCGUCCCGCCGAUAGGCCCGUUGGCGCUGUGGACCGAGCGACGAGAUUUCACUUGAGCGAGAGCUUGAACUUUCGAGAGCGAGACCCCAGCGGGUGCACAGUGCACCGACACGAGCGAACCGUUGUGGCGGCCGGCAACGAGCAGAAAGUAGUCGAUCAACGUCGCGGGAGAUUGUUCACCUCGCGAUCGCGCGUCUGCCCGCCGUUGCAGUGCUUUCUCGCAUGCGCCCGCCCCCAGGCUGCCGACACGCAAAAAGUUUUGAAAAGUGAGUUCCGU